UGUAUUAAUUAACGAAACAUUUUUUUACAUUUAGUGUUUCAAAAGUUCUGCUCAAACUGCAAAAAUAGCAAACCAAAAAAGAUUUUGUACAAAACAAUCCCCGCCUUGGAUUGGUUAAUCCAUUACAAAUGGAAAGAGAAUUUAUCGGCCGAUUUAAUCGCUGGAUUCACGGUCGCAAUUAUGCACAUUCCUCAAGGAAUGGCUUAUGGUUUAUUGGGCAACGUUGACCCUGUAAUUGGAAUUUAUAUGGCUUUUUUCCCCGUUUUAAUGUACGUUUUGUUGGGUACGUCCAGACACAAUUCUUUGGGGACUUUCGCCGUGGUUUGUUUGAUGACUGGAAAGGUCGUUUUGGAACAUAGCAACUCAACAAAUUGUUUAACAAAGAAUUCCACGGAAAUUUUUAAUUUAACGACACCAAAUAAUUGUUAUUCGCCUAUCCAAGUGGCUACUGCGGUUACUUUUAUGACUGCCAUUUUCCAAUUGAUGAUGUACGCUUUACGAUUGGGAGUUAUAAGCAAUUUAAUUUCUGAAACGAUGGUUAGUGGAUUCACAACGGGGGCUGCUGUUCAUGUUUUAACGAGCCAAGUUAAAGAUCUUUUUGGAUACGUUAUUCCGAAACACAAAGGACUUUUCACCGUUGUUAAU